AUGAUCUUCGGUUUUAGUUUUCUUUUGCUCAUAUCGGCUACCACCAUCAAAUGUGAUAAUAUUGCAUUCACCCCGUCUAUAAUCAAUAUUACUGUUGGCACUCUGCCUGCUCCCUAUGCCUCCCAAUCUGCAACAAAAUUUCCAAAUAUUGUACCUAUACCGUCUAAUCCAUUGUUGUAUGUACCGCAAAAUUUCACGGUUAAGCUCUAUAAAGAUGGCUUAUCAAAUCCACGUGCAAUGAUUUAUACCCCGACUGGUGAUAUUUUAGUGAGUGAACCAGCAGCAAAUAAAAUCACAAUUAUGAUCGACGGAGACCCAACACAAACACAUACAUUUGCUGAUGUAACAAACGGGUUAAACAAUUGCUAUGGAAUGGCAUUUACACAAGGAUAUUUUUAUGUUGGAAAUGAAGGAGAUCUUCGACGGUAUCCAUACACAAAUGGCACUCGAAUGAUCAAUGGAACAGGUGAGGUGAUCAUGACCUACACAUCCAUAAGUCCAAGUGCUGGACAUUCAACGCGGUCGUUAGUUGUUUCACCGACUAAUGAUCGAAUAUAUGUUGGUAUCGGUUCGGCGACGAAUGUUGAUCCUGAACUGCUACCACGUGCGUCCGUACAAGCAUGUAAUAUAGAUGGAACGAAUCAGACAACAUUCACAUGGGGAACACGAAAUCCAAUUGGAAUUGCAUUUCAUCCAAUAUCAAAUGAUUUGUAUGUAUGUGUGCAAGAGCGCGACGGAUUAGGUGAUGAUUUGGUGCCAGAUUAUUUCACUCGUAUUCAACAGGGAGAUUUCUUUGGUUGGCCCUAUGCGUACUUGAGUCCGAACAACAUCGAUCCACGACGAAAUUACAGCAACGGAACAAGUGAGAAUGCGACUCUUGUAAGUCAAACAAAAAUACCGGACGUUCUUUUCCAAGCACAUUCAGCUGUAUUGGAUAUGAAAUUUUAUACAGAAUCCAAAUUUCCACAGCACUAUCUUAAUGGUGCAUUUGCUGCCUUUCAUGGUUCAUGGAAUAAAAAUCUUGGCACCGGUUAUUCAAUUGUAUUCAUUCCAUUUGGUUCUGAUAAUCGUCCAGUAGGUUAUUACGAAAACUUUGUUUAUGGAUUCCUGACAAAUCCAUCUGGGCCGGACACAUUUGGUCGCCCAGUGGGUCUAUUGAUAAUGAAAGAUGGGAGUCUAUUGUUUAGCGAAGAUGGACACAAUCGAAUUUAUCAAGUACAAUAUACUAAUCGUGCUAAUGAAAAUCGACUUUAUUUACUUCCGUUUACUCUAUCUUUUCUUGUUAAAUAUUUUCUUGUAUAA